AUGAGUGGGAAGGUCACUCUGCGGACUGAGGAAGCUCAUGAAACAAUUCGAGCGAAUCUCCAGCUAUUGUCAACCUCAAUUUUUGAUAAUACUGACCCAAAUGCCUCGAAACGGCUCAUCGAUUCUACCAGAAGACUUAUCGACGAGUUCGAGGUUCUACCUAAACUACUAGAUCUGCUGUUGCAAACAUACAUUAGCUCUAUUACAAAACUUUAUUUGGAUGUCAAAGAUGAGAAAAUCGAGUUACGGAUGCCGAAUUUGGGCAACGACAUUGCAAGCCUAGUGCUGAGUUUGGCCAAAGUUAGAGGUUAUAAGUUCAUUGCAACAUUUUUCUCGACAGACGUUUAUUUAUUUCACAAAAUUUUGGACUUACUCUUUUCUGAAGUUGGAAGUCGGAACAAUGACGAAUGCUAUUUCUUGUUACUAUGGCUCUCUAAUCUUGUCCUCGUCCCCUUCAAAUUGGAGGCUAUUUCUCGUUCUGUUGCCGCAAGAGUUUCUGAUAUCGCGAACAAAUUCAUCAAUCUACAUACAAGUGCAUCAAGAACGCAAACAGUCGCGCUGUUAGUGCUCGCGCGGCUUUUUACGAGGGCUGAUUGCACUGCUCUCUUCUCUGGAUACACUGAGAGUGCUAAGCUGGCUUGGCCUGAUUGUAACGAUGCAUCCAAGUUAGGCUAUCUCAUGACAUUCAAUCAGAUCUUGAAGCGGGCUUCUAAUAUUGAAGCUCAAUCGUUUGCUUACAUAAUCUACAACGAUAUCAUUCUUCACGACUUGUAUUGCUUGGUGCUCAGCGAUAUGAAUAGUGUCAACACGGCUAAUGUCAGAAUUCUCAUCAAAGUCUCAUCAAAAGUCUCCCGCUAUCAUGUCAAAUCGCUGCAAUGGGCGAAAGUGGCAGAGAUGGUUGACAUACUCCUUUAUAUCGCUAGUGCGAUGAAAGAACGCUUUGAUACAUCUCUCCGUGAAUGCUUAGCAAAGAGCAUUAGCCGCUUGGUCGCUUUUUUGUCAAUUUCAGCUGAAAAGUACGCAAACCAAUUAGUCGAGUUCAUGUUCAAACGUAUUGGGUCUGAUACCAACAUAGAUCAAAUUUGGAUCGAGGAAGCUAUCAAUGACGGUAGACUCACCAUUCCGUUAUGUCACACUGUGCUACUAUUCUGUGGUUUUCUUGCUAUAAACAAACUGUUUCCACGGAAGAACAUUCCAGCUCUACUAUCUCUUACCCAUCAGACAAGCUUUCUUUCAUACCACACAACCGGAUCAUAUCAGUACUCCCAGCUUAGAGAUGCAUCUUGCUUCUGUAUGUGGGCUCUUUUAAAAAGUCUCUCAUCAGAAGACUACGAGUUUAUCAUGACCUCAGAUACCAAAGCUUUUGCAAACCUUUUCAUUGAUUUAAUCAAGAUCACAAUUUUCGAUGAGGACUUGACCAUACGAAGAUGUGGAUCUGCAGUUCUACAAGAAUUCAUAGGCCGCUUUGGUUCCAUGUUUUUUCCGUCUGUGUUUCCCCGUAUCUCAGAUGACAAAGUUGGAGCUCUUUCGAUUAGGUUGGUGGAGCUAUUUGAUACUAACUACAUUGGAACAGUUGCAAGCUCGUUCAAGUUGGUUCAUGAUAUGGUUGCAUUGGGUCUCCCGAAGCAAAUUUUUGUGGAAAAACUUAUUGAGGAAAUGAGUUCCGACUUCUGCCCUUUCUCAGUGAAGCAAAUCGUUGCUAAUACUCUUUGCAAGGUUUUGAAUCAAUCUCAAAUGCAUUCUGCCGAACUUGGCGGCAUAGAGUAUAGUACUGAUCAAGUGAUUGAGUUAAUUGUGUUCCAACUUCAAAAGCGCAACUAUGGAGCCUUGAUUGCACUUGCCGAACUUCAACUGUCAAAUUCCCUACUGUAUGAUAUAGCGAAAGAAGUGCAUGGUUUUGUUUUGAGCUGCGAAUUUGAUAUCCAUGUCGACAAGUCAGAUAAAGGAGAGUCUAUCAUUGCAUGGUUUGUUGCCGCAUUCAAAACCAAUCUAGACUUAGAAACUGCUUAUAUGGUAUCUGUCGCAUUGGCCAUCAGUCGGUUGAAUUUAUCUGACUCUUUAGUGAAGGUAUUCCGUCAAUUUUUCGCAUUGUCUUUCGAGAUAGACCUAAAUUUAUUCAAAGAGGUUUGUGAACAAAUAAAGACGGGAAACAAUGUGUUGGCAAAAUCGAUCCUAUGUCAAUCCUUGACGGAAUCGAGACUCGAUUUAUUGAUCGAAAUUAUGCUAGACAAAUCGAUUGAUGCACAAACAAGAGCUUAUCUUGUUCAAGAAUUGCGUGAAGUCCUUCCAGAAUUCGAGAGCUAUGAGACACUACAGUUUGCCUGUCUAAGCCUUCUUGAUGACUACACAAUCUCGUCUCAGGGAGAUGUGGGACUGUUGAUCCGAUUGGCAUGUAUAGACCUUUUAAAUGGUAGUCAAAUUUUUUUGCGUGCGAUAAAAGAAGACGCUGUGAGAAAGCUCUGGCGAAUUGCGGGCGAAACUUUGGACAAAUUGAGAAUCGCAUCUAUCAGUUGUAUUUGUGAGAUCAACCACGAUGAUUCAGCGAGAAGCGAGUUCCUAAUGUUCCAAAACAAUUACGGGUUGUACUUUGAGAAGCUCUUGCAGUAUGCAAGCGAAACUUUUGCUGAUGAAACUUCGAGAAUAUGUCUAUGGAGCGGUAUCGUAAAAUCGGCGGGUGCGUCUGUGGCUGGAGCUGAUUUGAUCAAUAUGGCCUUUCGGAAUGUUUUGGCACAAUUUGAGACCGAGAACGGAGCCACACAAACUCUAAGCGCAUUGACCAGGCUCUUGAAAAUACCUGACGGAAAAACUUUCAAUGUGCUACUUCCUCAAGAAAAGAAGACAAUCAUGGGUGCUCUCAAUGUUUGGGUGAAGCUCUUGGACGCUGAGGUGACGGUUCCAACCUCGUUCAAUUUUGAGGGGCUCUAUAUUCGUGCCUAUAAUUUGCACAUUAACACGCUGCAAAAUUCUCGAAUAGGUGUUGUGAUCAGAAUAUUCCAGCAUCUUUCAUCUAGGCCGGAUGUUCCAAAGACUUUGAGAGAGAGCGCUCGAAAGCGCCUCCAAUGGCUUGCAAUCAAAGCUCCUUCGGAUAGUUCUCGAGCGAUGGCACUCGAUGCUUUAUUUGAAUUGGUCAUUGAAGUAGACCCUGAGAAUCCUCUUUUAGAAAUGAUUGACGACGUUGAUGCCAGCACUCGAAUGAGUGUUCUCCAGGAUAUCAAGAGUGUCCUCAAAGAACUUUAG